AUCCGUCGUUGAAGCGUAAUUGGUAUUGAAGAUAUCGUAACCCGCUUGUCUGUCUAACGAGUGAUCUUUGGCUCAAAUUGACGCGAUGAAAUUCUCUGUGUAUCUCAUUUGUUCAGGUAAGGAUUCUUAAUCUUAGCAUGUUUUUACCCAAUGUGCUUGGGAAUGCGAUUGAUAACAACAGCAAAAUCACGAGGUAUAAGCAAGUUUUAUUUAGUCAAUAGAGUACUUCAGAAAAUCACAACGUCAGCGAGGUCGAGGUAAAACAACAAAGAUCUAAUGUCUGAACAACAGUUCAGCCCGUGUGUUUUAAAUAUUUGUACACUUCCUAGCCGUCUUCUGCGAACGACAACGUGAUGACACUUACUGCAAAAUUUACAUGAUUUAACAACGGAAAACCCAACUACAAAUUAUUUAAGUUCCAUUUUCAACUUUACGCUGCUCACAGAAGUUACGCCGAAGUAAAGAAGCGGCUCCGUUAGGGAGUGUAAACACAACAUCCAUUCGCGAAAUUCUACAAAAGAUAUAAAUUCAAUUUUUCGUCAACGUUUUCCCGGCGUUGCCGUCCUGAUUGCGUAAGGUCCCCUUAUGAUUAAGUGUCAGUCUGGUCAUCGAUCACAUUUAGUGAAGAAAUCGACGCACGAGUGUACGCUGCCAUUUGUUAUUUCUGUAAGUUACGAUAUAAAGCUUAGAUAACUUGCGAUCACUAGAUGCUAGGUUGAAAGUUUUUCAUUCACCAAGCAGUUGGCGAGUAAAAAAAUUCCACAUAACAUCAUUGUCAUUUCAUCACGUUCAGUUUCCUUCAGCGGCUUCUAUCACCACUUAUAAAGUUUGAAAGACUUUUUUUUAUUGCUUAACGAAUUGAUGAAUUAAAAAAAUAUACAUAUCUUUUCAUCAAGUAAAAGAACCUGCUUUUCCGGCAAAUACCUAAUAUUCAAACCUCUUAGGAUAAUUAUUGAUGUCACUUUCUGAAAUUAUGAUAACAUUCGAAACUAGCGUGCACACACGUAGUUGUUGUCAUGGAUUAACUGAAUUCAUUUGAAUAGGGUAAUCAUGGCUAAAAUUGGGGGAAUAUGUGAACAACAAAGCUGCAAACGGUUCAAGGAGUUUUAUAAUCAAUUUAUCUUCGAAACUAGUAUAUAUAAGGCAGAAGUAAAAUUUGUGGAAUUAGGGAAAUCAAGUUGUCGGUUAAUCGUCAAUCAAUUACUUCGACAUGCUUGAUUGCUUACCUUGCACAUGUCGCAACAAAUCAUUCACACUUACCCGAUUCCGAGAAAAGUACAUAUUUUAUUUCGACGCACCCCGCACAUAUGUUGAUUAAGGGCUGUUGAUUAAGGGUGUAACAAGAAGGGAAAUAUGACAUUUUUUUGCGAAAAUUCACGGGUCAAUAAACCACCGAACGAAUAAUAUUCUUUGUUUUCUUUUUCAGUGUUCCUGUGUCACUUGCAAGAAGUUGAAGGUACCUUUACUGACUUUACCUAGUUUUCUGGUGUUUUCUAGUCAUUGUUUCAAGCCUUGUCAUUGUUCGCUGUAUAAGUGCUUGGUUCAUCCAACCGCUUUUUCUUGUUCAAUGCUUGAGCUCUCUGAGUUGCCAACUUUGAUAUCAACUUUAUUUACCUUUGAAUCGUGAUGAUACGACUUUAUCUGUCAAAAUGCAUCACGCCAUUUAAUAAAGCUGUGAAGGAAUUUAAAUGAUUAGGCGAAAAGCAGACCAAGAGAACAGCUUAACCAGGCAUUCCUUUGGAAUCUUGAUCCCUAGAUUAUUGGAUUAUAGUGAUGUUUUCAGUGCUGCUAGACUGAUAGACUAUUGCAAUACACACUACAUAUUGGAUUUCAAGACAAAAGGUUGCCCAAAGGGAUAGUGAAACUGCAUAUUCCACAAAUGAAUGAAGGAGUACGUUAAUAGAGAAACUGUAAUGAUUACCUUGUUAUACUCACCCACCGAGAGAGUAUAACAGGGCAAUUAAUUAUUAUCAACUUAGUUGAUAAAGUAAGUUGGCCGCCGUAAAGAGUUUUAAAGCUGACGUUUCGAGCGUUAGCCCCUCGUCAGAGCGAAACAGUUCGAAUUCUGAGAAUUCCAUCUCAAAUUAGAAACAAUUUUUUUCACUUUUUGCAGCGCUCAAAAGAGUUGCAUCUGCUGUGUACAUCGUACUGGCAGUUCUUUUCCUUCUGAUACUUCUUGGAGGGAUUUUCCUGCUCGUAAAAUACAGCAUGGACUGCAACUCUAAAAGGCGGCGUACGCGUGACUCUAGCGUGACAACUAACGUUUGUGACACACAGCAGCCUUCCGAAGCCGGUCUUCAACAUCGGGAUCACUAUCCAGAAUUCCUACAUUCAAUCUACCCACCACCGUUCGAAAGUCUGCACUUCGCAAUUCCUCAGCCGAUGAUGGUGCCAAGGACGGAGAUUUUAGAGGGAGAACCUCCCCCACCUUACCCUGGCAUGUAGAAGAGACCUUUUCAUUUUAAAUCGUUUUUUAAUGAUGCAGGAAGUGGUUAUACCUUGCAAUGACUGUUAGCGACCAGCUCUGGGAAGUGAUCAUCCAGCGGGUUGUAAUUAAUUGAUUUAGUCCAGAAAAACAACAUUAAUUUUAUGACGAUGGAUUCCAAAGUUGUAUCCCAAGUAGUUGACUACUCAAACUUGACCGACGGCUGAGCUAUUUUUGAAUAUUCCAUCUAUAAACUUUCAUGAACAAACGAGAACUAGGAACUUUGUUAAAAAUCAGUUUUACUUAAAGAAAUACAACUUUAGAAAGUAAAUGCCAGUUUAAUUAAAUGUAAAUGUAAGUUUAAUUAAUGAUAAUCGACGGAUUUUGCGAAGGUACUUGCAUCCUUAGCUUGUUACGUGAUAACUGCUGCUGCAUGUGACAAUUUAUGCAAAUAUUACUAGGGUGAACACGUCAACCGGUUUCGCCAAUGUUUUGCUACUGCUGUUGACAAGAACGCGUGACAGUGUUACGCUGAAGAUCCACGCUGCUAGACAGAACAAUCAACUGACAGAAAAAAAAUUGUGAUUAAUGCUUGAAUCAUUUGAUUGAACGAUUUCUGGAUAUAUUUUCAACCCUGAGUUAUUAUUACUCUUAGUCAAAAAUAUUUCCUUACAAUUACAAAUAGUAUCGUACUUGUUUCAACAUUAGAACUAAGAUUCUGAUGUCUACUUUUUAACUUAAGUUGCGGGACAUUAUUUAAUUCUGCAUUCAGUCGUAGAAUAUUCAAUUGUUGCUGUAGUGAAGAUUUGGAGUCAAUAGAUUUUUUCAGGGGGGAGGGGUAGUGUUGCAUAACCUGUAUCUCUGUAGUCGGUUAGAGCUUCAACACUGUGGAAAUAUAAGUAUACAAAGAAAAAAAUAUUAAAACUUACAAUGCAUCGCACUCGUUAAUUACAGCGUAUAUUUUUCGACAAAAGAAGGACAG